UGCUCGCGUGCCACGGCAUUUGUAAUGGCGUGCGACGGCUAGGAAAAGGGCAACAACGCGCACGAGUGCUCGAGUUUUCGUCUGUUGUAAAAACGGGAAGUGCGUUAGUGCGUGCGUGGUGUGACAGUAUCGUUAAAAUGACAACGACGUCGAGCAUUCUGCCGUCGUAUCAGCGGUUCGUGAACGGUGUGCCGGUGCCUCUAUUCUCGAGACGGUCGUUCCGCCCGCGUGAAAAGUAUCUGAUCAUGUUGGUGUUUUUGACGUUCGGUGUCGUGUGUUUCGGAACGUUCUUCUUUUUGCCGGAUUUCCGUCCGGGCACCGGCGGCGUCGCAGUGAACAGUGUUUACCGUGUGUACCAACACAUGCAAAAAGCGGGACCGGAAUUACUUAUACCGGCGCCACCUCGUUUACAAGGGGGUAUAAAGGGGUCCAUAGGUCAUCUUAAUGCUGUGCCACCUGGACACGAGGGCAUUGAUCAUCAGGAUGUGCAUAUUCUUCAGGACAAGCAAAAGCUGCAGGUCCGCGCGUGUGUCAGAAUCUCGACGUUGCGCUUCUUUCGAUUCUCGAUUGUGCUCGACUCUCGAUUUUGUAGCUUACUCGCAAACUCGUGAUUUCGCUUGUCAUCGUUUCUUGAGAAAUCAAAUGGUGCUGUUCUCUUUGACAAUAAUUGUAUGAUCUUUCUCGUCGUGAUGUCCUUGUUUUUUAUAACGUCUUAUGUGGUCCGUUCUUUCAGCUGUUACACGCUUUCCCGAUUCGUUUGUUUACAUGCGGCCAUCGUGACGUAUCGCAGGCACACGUGUACACGCGUAACGGAGCAAAAGUUCACACAAUCCGUAAUUCUUAUUUUUUUAAUUCGUGAUUAUUUUUUGCUAUGUUCAUUCGAUUUGAUUCCGCGCUAACGGUCAAAACGCGCUAAUUGUCAAUGUGUGUAUAUGAGCUACAUAUUUAUUUCAAUAUGGCCACCAUAUUUUAUUUAAUAUCGAUCGAUCUGUCAAGAUUCGAUAAUCGUAAUCGUUUAUCGUUUUGGAGCGCCAUUUUGUUAGUUUUGUGUCUGCGAUUAUCUUUUUUAAUCCUGUUUUCAUUACGAAUUGUGCGUGAAUAACGAAACGUUUUACCCACGUUUUGUGUAAU